CAUCCUACUCAAUUGUGUGUGUAAUAUGUGAUAUAAAUAAUAAAUUAUAUUAUUAAGUAUAACUGGAUCGAUGUCGGAUUGAAAUAGACAGGGAGGAUUUAUGUCAAAAUAUACGAAUAAAUAAUAUAAACAUAGCAAAUGUUUACUUUAAAACCCCCACCCAAUUCUGUGUUCUAUCUUCGCAUCACCGCGUGUCUUUAAAAGCCUGAUGUGCUGCAGCUGGAUGCGUGCACUUCUACUCCGGUUUGUUUGUGUCCGCGGGCGCGUGCUGCUCGCUGCGCGCUUUUCCGUCCUCCAAUCGUGUUGAGCGCUGAUCUGCGCGCGCCGCCUCUCGUCUCCCUGCUGGCGUGUGGAGGAAACGGCGUCCGUCGUGCAGAACGAAAGGCAGGACCACGCGAAGAGGCAGCAGACAUCAUCCUGGUGUCCAUGUCGCCCUCGCCACUGGUUUCCACUACAAACCCGUACAAACUGGUGUUGACGCACUGUGUGUGUUUGGAUGCAUGGAUUCUGGUGUAACCUUGGCGGUUGUCGGUGAUGCAGCAAUGCCUUAAUGCUUCACCGAGCAUCGAUCUGCUUCUGCUUCCUCGAAAGAUGUCGUCCUGGCUUCAUCCUGCAUUGUGUUUCAUCUCGGACUUGAUUUAAAACCGGACCUCCAUUUCGUGGAUCGGUUACUCUGUUUCUAAAGCUUUGCAUCCCUCGUUUGAGUGUCACUGCGAUAAUGGAGAGCCCGCGACCACAGGUGGUGAUGGACAGGAGCGCUUUGGCGAGGCAGGUGGAGAGUGUGGAGCGAAGCAUCGUAUUCUUGAGGCAGGAGCAGCUGACACUGCUGCACGGCUUACACCUGGAGAUCCUCUCCCUGCAGAAACGCUGCACAGAACUGACCCAUGAGUUGAAUUUAAAGCCUCCUGGCAAAAGUGAAGCAGAGGUACAUGAGAAAGAGGAGCUGUUGGAGGCACAUUGUCAGGUCGUGGAGAGCAGACUACAAGAGCAGGAGCAAUCUCAGGAUGAACUGCGUGAUGAGCUAAGCCACAAGGGGAUGCUGGUGGGAGCUCUGAGGGCAAGCCUGAAGGAAAAAGAGCGCCGCUUCCUGGAGGAGCUCAAGCAGCGCAGCCACAGAAGCACCGCGCUUAACACCGAGCUACAGAAGCAAACCAAGACUGCCGCCUACCUGUCAUUUCAGCUGCACGCUGCCAGGCAAAAGCUGCAGCAAAGGCAACAGCAGCAGCAUCGCAGGAGACAGGAAGAGGGUGGGACAGAGAAUCCAUCCUUUCUUGGCUUGCCUCAGCAUGAUAACUUCACUACUCCUGCGGUCAAACCGAAAAGGCGCAGCGGCGUCAGGGCUUGCUCACACCUCCGUGCUGAGCGGGCCAGGGAGUGUGUUCCUCGUGAGAGAGUUAUGGGUCCAGAGGAACCCAUGGCCAUGCCUGACCCUGCACUCUUCCUCCACCCGCGCAGACCGGCAGCGGCGCAACCAUUUCAGCAUAACACACAGACAUUGCGGGGGGCUGAAGGUGGAGAGGAGCCAGAUGAAACAGACCAUGGAGACUCGGCCAGCAGGCUGAUUGCCACAGUCCCUGUCAAAACAGCCGCUACUGCGGAGAGCAAAGCAAAGUGACUGUGAUGUCAUGACCUGCUGUUUACCUCUUAUCACUGACUGCAUUGGCACUAGUGGACAUGUUUUUUUUCUAUAUUUGCUUUAUUAUUAAAUUUUGUUAGUUAGCUUUGAAUUCACAAAAAAACAAUAAUGGCCAGUGGACUGGUCGCAGUGCACAGCGCCGCUGUGUGGUUUUGCCUUGUUUUAGGAAGGAAAGCCAUAGGGCAGCUCAGUGUUGACCAUGUGGUGGGGUGCCUCUGUGUCUUGGCUAUUUGUUACUAAUGUUCCCUUGCAGUAAUUUUUUAGGUUUUGUUGUGUUUAGGAAGGAUUUUUGUUGCUAUACAGCUUGAUCUUUGUAAUUCUAAAUAACAUUUCUAUACUUUUUCAAGCACUGCAGUGAGUGCACAUGAGAAAACCUACUUUUUUAUGAACAUUUUUUUGCCCCCCCUCCCCAAUAAUAAGAAAUCAGCUGUUUAAUCAGUACAGAUGUGUAUAAUAGUAGGGAUGUGGGAGGUGUUUGCUGUAGAUUGUGGCUCAGGGGUUACUUAGUGUAGAGAGUUUGAGAGUCUGUGUGUUUGUAGGUAGCGUAAGCUUUUAGAAGGAUUAAGUAUGGAAUUGUCAUUUAGAAAUCAUGAUAGGAAUCACUGAUUUGUUUUUCGGAUCUGUUUGAAAGCCCUGACCACUGAUUUUAGAGUGUUUCACAUUUGGUAGCAGGUCGUCUAUAAUUGAAGCCUCAGCAGUGCUGCGUGUGCAUUACUGACAACCUUUUGUUCACUUAUUUCGUGCACUGUAAAAAUCUAAUUCAUCCCAAUUUGCUUGCAUUACCUAUGUACAAAUAAGUAACAUUCAUG